UCCCUCUCCUCACAAUCCUGUCUCACUCUCUCUCUCUCUCUCUCUCUCUCUCUCUAAAUCAAUUAUACAGAGUCAGAGUUGAAAAACCUUGAAAAUGGGUUUUACUCUCAUACUGUUUCUCUUUCUCACCAUCAUAGUGGAACCUUCAAUCUCAGCUCUGGUGAAGCAACCACCAGUUUUGCUGAACUACCACAACGGGGCUAUCCUCAAAGGAAACAUCACCGUCAAUUUCCUCUGGUACGGCCACUUCACCCCUUCCCAACGCUCCAUAAUCGUCGAUUUCAUCCACUCUCUCUCCUCCUCCUCCACCCCGCCACCGCCCUCCGCUGCGUCCUGGUGGCGCACCACUUCCAAAUACACCUCCGGCGGCGCCUCCUCCUCCCUCCUACUCGUCGGAAACCAAAUCCUCGACCAAAACUACUCCUUCGGCAAGUCCCUCAAGAACGCCCAGCUCGCAGCCCUAGCUUCCAAACUCGGCCGAGUCAACUCAGUUAACUUUGUUCUCACGGCGGCGGACGUCGCUGUUGACGGGUUCUGCAUGAGGUGCGGGACUCACGGGUCAACUCCGGGGAGGACAAAUCGGUUCGUUUACGCCUGGGUUGGGAACUCGGAGACUCAGUGUCCGGGUCAGUGUGCUUGGCCUUUUCACCAACCCGUUUACGGUCCCCAGACCCGGCCCCUGGUGGCUCCGAACGGCGACGUCGGCAUCGACGGCGUGAUCAUCAACCUCGCCACCGUCCUCGCCGGCGCCGUCACCAAUCCCUUCAACAACGGCUACUUUCAGGGCUCAGCCGCAGCGCCGCUGGAGGCGGUUUCUGCUUGCACAGGGGUUUUCGGAUCCGGUGCGUACCCGGGAUACGCGGGUCGGGUACUUGUGGAUCAGACUACGGGGGCGAGCUAUAAUGCGCACGGGGUGAAUGGGAGGAAAUACUUGCUACCGGCUAUGUGGGAUCCACAGACGUCAAUAUGCUCGACGCUUGUUUGAUGUGAGUGAGAGGAAUGAUUCAGCGUGGGCAUGUGUACGCAUGUAAGAAAUGAAAGGAGGUGGGACUUGAUUUGUAGUUUUGUGUGACGUGUAAAUUUGGGUUCCCUUUUUAAAAAAUGCAAAAAAAAAAAAAAAAUGUAAUGACAUGAUAAAAAAAAUAUGAAUAUAAAUAUGGUGUAAAUGUUUUAUAAAGAAAAAUGGAUAAUUAUGUAGGAUUUUGAUAA